AUGUAAAUCUUAGAAAAUUCGGAUUCAAUAGUUAGUGAUGAUCAAUGUUUGGAAUUAGAUUGCAGAAUUAUAGUACCAAAGUUUAAGAAAGAAGAAUAUGAUACUUUUUAAACAGAAACUAAUACUUCUGUUAUUUCAAGAGUGAUGAAAAUGAAAUCGAACUCACAAGAAUUUAGAUUUAAAUAGUUCAAUUAAUUUAGCCCUCAAGGUUCCUUUAAUUGUACUUAAAAACAAAUUUAAUGUUCAUUACUCAAUGAAGAUGAGUAUUCUAAUAAACUUAAAGUGAGGUUACACAUAUAACCUGAAGAAGGUAAAUUAAAUACAAAGAAAAAGAAAAAGAAAGACAAAGCUUCAUAAAGUCCUGCAAGUUCAGUAGAGCAUAAUAAUGAUUCUUAAAAAGCAAGAAAAUAAAAUCAGAAUGCAAUAAGAAUGUAAAACCAAUUAAAUUAACCAAACUAGUAAUAAACUAUAAUAAGAUCAAAUAAAAGAUAAUUAAGUUAAACUUUUAAAAGUUAUUCUGUUGAAGCAUCACCUCUUAAAAUUACUAGAUUUUCAUAAAGAUAAAUUUAUGUAACCUAAUUAGUCAAUACUUAUGAAGAACCUUUAUAAGAAAAAUUAAGUUUAGUAUAAUUAGAAAACAAUGACAAAUUAAAUAAAGGGAUUUUAAGUCGAUAUACUAGUAAAGCAAAGACAUUAAAGAAUAUUGUUUAAAAAACUUAAUUAAAAGGUAUCCUAAAAAGUUAAUCCUGUAAUAGUGAAGGAGGUAGAAGAAGAAAAAAUGCAUCUUAAGAUUAACAAAAUAAAAAAUCAAGUUUUUUCAAAAAGGUUACUUUUAAUUCUAGUAAAUUAUCUAAAAACAAUUUACACAACAACAUUAAAGAUGUUCAAUAACAGCAUUUAAUAAUAAUAUGAUGAAAUUGAAAUAAUAUUUUUUAAAUCUCAAAGCAAGUUAUUAUAUUAAAUUAAUUUUAUUUAAAUGAAAUCGUUAUUUUUUUAUGACUUUACGAUUAAAAACAAUUGUUGUUUGAUUAGCAACAAUGAGAUCAUAAACUUAAGAAGAGCACAAUUAAUUUAGCAAAAUCAACUUGUAUUUAAAUCAUAAGCUACUGUUAAAUUGAAUUUAUAUCAGAACUCAAACCAAAAAGAUACAUCAUCAUAGUAUCUUGUAUUAGAAUUUUUUGAAUUAAAAUUAAAUGGUAAGAAAAAGUUAUGGAAAGCAAAAUUAUAAGAAUUUCUAAAUUUGAGAAAAAGUAAAAUAUAUUUAAUUAUUUGAUGUAGCCUAACUCCAUUAUUAAAGAAUUGAUAACAAACAAUUAUUUAGAAUUAAACUGAUUUUUUAAAGAUUAUGA